CGACCAGAUUCCAGGCGGGGACGUUGUUCUUUUGGGAUCCUCGUUCGUCCAUCAGGCCAGGUUGGUCUUUUUCUCGACUCUCGAUUGUCUGAUCCGGCCAGAGACUUCCUCGUUGGACACCUGAUCUCCAAUCAGUGAGUCGGUCAUCUGUGGUCCAACUCGUCGUUGUCGUUCUCGUGGUUGUCUCUCGUAGUGCCUGUCCUCGAUGCUCCCUGGCCGUGGAAUUCGCCUCUGCUGACCGGCAGACGGGCCCAUCCGCCCUCCCUCCCUCCGUCAUCCAACCCGUCAUUGAAACGCCGCUGGAAGUCCAACCAUCUCCGUCGCCUCCGGGACCCACCGUCCACAAACCACCCCCCAAAGGUGUACGCCAGCGCCUCGUGGACAUCCUCAGAUAGCGCACAAUGGUCGAGAAGCCGGUGGUGCCUCCUCCCACGAGGUUUAAUGCCGUGGGGUUCUGCCUGACCGCCAUCCGAAUAUGGCAGUGGUCCUCGUCCUUCUUCGUCUAUGCCUCCUUCAGUCUCCUCUAUGCCCACAUCCAGAAUAACCGGCUCGGCGAGAAUGGCCGCAUGCGAGGGGUCCAAGUCUUGGGCCUGGUAUCACUCGCCUACUCCACGGUCGUCCUGUGCUGUGUCCAUGUCUUCAAGACCCUCGGCCUUCGGACAUGGCGCCUCUUCGCCGUCAUGUCCGUCCCGUCGGACCUGACCAUCAUGGGCAUCAACCUGGCCAAGAUCACAAUCCUGGCCUACUCCGGCCUCCCGGCCGACUGCCACGGUCUCACCAGAGACAAAUACAGUGGCAAUGACCUUGUCCGCCAGCCCUCUGACGGCUUCACAACCAUCCGUUUCGGCACCGCAGCAGAGAAGCUCGCCGGCGAGCUCGACGCGCUGUGCACCUUCCCGAGGACCGUGUAUGGUCUCUCCACGGUCGCAAUCUUCUCCUACACCUUCUCCAUCCUGCUGUCGGUCCUCUACCUCCAGCAGCACGGGGCAUCCACCGCGGCAGACAGCGAGAAGCAAGCCGCCCACGGUCCCGCACAGGUCGAGUCCCAGUCAGCCCCGAGCAGCAGGCCCGGCUCCAUCCGUAGUAGUGGUGCAGCCAGCCGGCACCCCUCGUUCCUGGGGAGGGGGGGCCCUUACGACCCCUCAAGACCCCCAUCGCCAGGGUCCAUCCGGUCCGCCGCGCCCUCGUACCACAGCAGGGCCCCCUCCCACGGGCAGCCACGAUGGGCCCCACACCAGGACGCCGCCACGCCCACAGACAGCAGCACCGACAGCACGGGCUCCCGGUCGCGCUCGUCGUCCUCCGCCUGGGACGUGACCACCCUAGCCAGCGACGCCGACUCCAUCCGCUCGGGCAUCUCCCUCCCGGACACCGACUCCGUCGUCUCGGGCGGCUCGCUGCCGCCUCCCCCGCUGCCGGGCUCCCCCGCGCCCGCGCCCAGGCGGUGGUCCACGUCGACGAGCUCGUCGUACGACGCCAACGCCUUUGUCGUGACGGAUGGGUUCCGCCCGGGCGGCAGCCACAACCCGCCCGAGUAUUCCAGCCGGCCCGGGAGCCUGUACCACGAGACGGUCAAGUACGACGCGGGGCUGGGGCUGCCAGGCGGGCCGGCGCCCUGAGGAGGCGAGGGGUGGAAGGAAAAUGACAACUCGGUUUCGAGGACCAGAACUUGUGUGUGUGAGGAUCCGAUUGCUUGCGUGAGAACGCAUCGUAUGACCGGGCCCAAAUGUGACGGGUGGGUGGGUUUUGUACACACACGAGUUGAGAGCGCGGCGUCGAGGUGACAUGACAUGACAUGGUGCGAUCCAGCAUUGGGGGAGGGGGGGGGUAAGAAUGCUGCCAGUUCCCUUCGGACGGCCGCUCGACGGUGGAGACGGGGAGGGGCCGCGGCUCGUCGGCGGGAGAACGAGCCAUGGGCAGGGCUGCGGUGGAGCACGAUCCUCCACGCAAACAAUCGAGAUGCCGCCGUCGUGGAUGGGCUGGCAUGAACGCCCGUGGGAAGCUAUCCCGCGAGACAUUCCUCGACGGGAGCCCAGGCGCCCCCUCUGGGGUCACGGAAUGGGCCCACCACAUCCUAUAGCACACAUCGUAGACGUCGUCGGCGAGCAAGGGGUUGUAAUGUGUAAUAAGGUAGAUGCGAUGGGGUCUGUAUGCUCGCUGACUAGAUACGGGUCUCGCCCGGGAGGACAACCUGGAGCAGCAAAGAGUGGAUAGCGACUCCGUGACAGCCAAGUCAAUCGACCCGGAGAAGAGCUGUAGAUGAACCCCAGCACCACAGCGAUCCGACCUGAACCACUUUGCUUGCAUCCUAUCUAUCGUGAUUCCAUACGUCUCGUCCGCUAUCACCCGCCCAUUCCUACCCCCGACAACAGCCCGACGCCCAGAACCCCGUCCCGCACCGCACGGGGAACAAGGAGUUCAUCCAUUAAUCAGGCUCUUCCCAGUGCUGCCCCCGAGAUUCAUCGACCGGCAGCAUCUGGCACAGAUGCCAACGCGAGCACGUGAGGUUUCCGCAUCCAGGCAGGCAGGCAGGCAGGAGGCAAGCGAGGCGAGAAAGGCCGGUCACUGGGGUAUCAUUUUGAUCAGCGCUGCACCCCCCCCCCCCUGUUGCCGUGAGGCGGAGUGUCCUGUGCUCGCUCGGUACGGGCAGAGUCCCCUCGUUAUAGAUGGCUCGCCUGAGCGAUGCCGUGGCUGUAAACCCCCAACCCCCACCCUUUGGCCCCGAUCCGGCUGUCUGCCAGCGGGCUGCGUCGAGUCGGUCCGUCAAGCUCCUUGAGUCACUAUCUCCAG